AUGGACUUCAAUACCACGUUUCCCGUCCUACUCGCGGGACGAUAUCUACUUGCGCUAUUCUUCCAGGAUGUCGACCUUAGGAAUGACCACCUGCUAUCCACCCCUCUGACCGCAUAUCCACGGUUGCAGGAGGGUAUCUACCUGUUUCAACAAGGGUUUGACCCGUAUUCAGGAGGUCUCUUCCGACAUUCUCCUCUCCUGCUAUCGCUGUUCUCUACCAUCCUUCCCCUCACGCGAAUCACAUCACCGAUCGUCUGGACAGCUGUCGAUGGCGCUGCUGCGUGGGCCUUGAUAGACGUAUGGAGAGCACGUAUCAACGUGCUGAAAGGCUCAAGAGAAGGAUUGAUAGCUGCUUUAUACCUGCUCAAUCCAUAUACCUUCCUCCCGUCUCUUGCAUGGUCCACGUCGACAUUUGAGAACAUGCUAAUUCUGCUCUCACUGCGGUUUGCAUGCCGAGGUCGUUCGUCGAUGUCCCUUCUAACAUUUGCGCUUCUCGUUCAACUCUCACUACCAUGGGCUGUCAUGCUCCUUCCCCUCACAGCACUUAUUGUGUCAGGACCUGAGUCGCGUUUAGCAUUACCUCGACCGUUCAACGCAGACAAGCGGCAAAUGCUUCCACUAUUCGCCAAAUUUGCUGUCUACUCCAUGAUGCUGACCUUUGCGUCAACACUAGUAUGCGGAAACUGGCUGUGGGUUGAGCAAAGCUGGAUAGCACCGUUGAUGUUACCAGACCUCACGCCAAAUCCUGGCCUAUGGUGGUACUUCUUUACUGAGAUGUUUGACCACUUCAGAGCGUUCUUCCUGAUGGUUUUCUCGGUCCAUCUGCUCAUCUAUAUAGUGCCAAUCUGCAUCAAGUUUCAACAUGACCUGCUCUAUGCAUGUUUCCUCACCGUGGGCGUGCUAGCUACUUUCAAAGCAUACCCGACGUUGUCAGAUCCAGGUCUUUUCCUGAGCUUAUGGUCCAUAUUUCCUGAGACAUACCCACACCUCCGCCAUCCUAUGAUUGCUGGGCUGCUACAUAUCCACUCUGCCCUCCUACUGCCUCUGUUCCACCACCUUUGGCUGGUACAGGGCACCGGUAAUGCAAACUUCUUUUAUGCAUCCACCCUUGUGUUCGGAUUGGCGAACGGUGCCGUGCUGCUGGACACCCUCUGGGCGGGACUGCGGACCGCGAUGGGGCGGAUAACGGACGAGUACGAAGUGAUACAGGAAUGAUGGCCUUAUCUAUGUGUCGAUGGAG